AUGAUUUUUGGUAGCCUUGCCUUCGCGGCACGCCAUGAGCGAACGCCAGAGGAGAAGAAGCUCGUCAGGAGAUUGGACAUAUUUUUGAUGACGUUUGGUUGCAUUUCCCAGGUCAUCAAGUACCUUGACCAAACAAACAUCAGCAACGCCUACGUCUCAGGCAUGAAAGAAGACCUCAACCUCCACGGCAAUGAGCUCAACUACUUCACAACGUACUUCAACGUCGCCUACUGCGUCAUGCUCAUCCCGUCCCAAAUCAUCCUGACUUACGUGCGACCGAGCUACUGGCUCUCCGGCCUCGAGGUCUUAUGGGGCAUCAUCACGGGCAUGAUUGCGCUGGCCAAGAACGCGCAACAGGUCUACGCGCUCCGUGUCCUGCUCGGUCUUUGCGAGAGUAGUGCCUGGCCCGGCAUGAUGACGCUUCUGAUGCACUGGUACACCCCGUCCGAGUUGGCCAAGCGCAUGGGUUUCUACCACUCGUGCCAAGCGGUGGGCUCCAUGAUGUCGGGCGCGUUGCAGGUUGCUAUCAGGAGCUCCAUGCAUGGACUACACGGUAUGGCUGGUUGGCGCUGGCUCUUCGUCGUGAAUGCCAUCAUGACCGUGUGCGUUGGCGCUCUGGGCUUCUUCCUGCUUCCCGAUACACCCAACAACCCCAAUCCACGUGCGUUCUGGUUUAAGAAGGGACACGCCGAGCUUGCCAUGGAGCGCCUAGAGCGUCAUGGCAAAGCAGAGCCCAAGAAGAUGACAUGGGCCGCCGCCAGGCGCGCAUUCAAGAGUUGGGUCAUUUACUUCGUGCCUAUCCUAUACAUUGCGACUGUCCUCUUGUCGUACGGCAACAACUACUUUGGCCUGUUCCUGAAAGCUUUGAAGAAUUCGGAUGGAAGCCCUAGGUGGACUACAUCCGAUGUCAACGCCAUUCCUAUCGGUGGAAGCGCGAUUAAUGUGUUAUUCGUCUGGAUAUGGGCAAUUUUGUCAGACCUGUUCAUGACAAGAUGGACUCUCAUUGUUGUUCAGGCUGUGAUUGGCAUCGCAUGCUGCAUCGCCAUGAGCAUCUGGUCCUCGCACCCCACCACGACGCCGCUUGCCACAGCCUACGCGUCCAACUUCAUCCUCUUCACGGCAAUGGGAACCGCGCCUCUCAUCUUCGCAUGGCUGGCCGACAUCCUACCCCAUGAUCCCGAGGCGAGGACCCUCAUCGUGGGAGUCUCAAUCGCGGGGUACUACGCCAUCUCCGCCUGGUCGCAGGUCCUAGUCUGGCCGGCCACUCAAGCUCCGUAUUACAAGUAUGCGUGGCAGUCAGCUAUCGCUAUCGGUGUCCUCGUCAUUAUCAUGACCUGUGUGCUUCGUUACAUUGAUGCCAAGCAUCUCGAGCCAAAGAGGGAACUGUUCAGGACUACAGUAAUUGAAGCUGCCGACGCGGGUGACAGAGAUGCAGCGGAGUCGAUGACUCGCGACUCCGUUGACCGGAAAGUCAAGUCAGCCGCUAUUGUGCCAGAAGUCUGA